ACUAAACAAAAACAAAUAAAUGGAAGAGCGCGGAUUUCGUUUCGGUUGUGUUGUUGACUGAUUUGAAUCGAUAAGUUCGAUAACUUUUACUAAAAUAUCACCAAGAAAUUGGGUCCGAGGACCUAGCUUAUUCAAAAUGGAACUCUGGGUCGUGUCAUUGCUGUUUUCAUUAGCUUCUCCCGUUAUUGGUGAUUAUGAGCCUACUUGGGAAAGUCUGGAUAGCAGACCUUUACCGGAAUGGUACGAUAAGUUUAAAAUAGGCAUUUUUCUACAUUGGGGAGUGUUUUCUGUUCCAAGCUAUGGAUCUGAAUGGUUUUGGAAUCAUUGGAAAGAUAACAGUACAGGCAAGGAAGCCGCUUUCAUCAACAGAAAUUACAAACCUGGAUUCACUUAUCAAGAAUUUGCUCCAAUGUUUACAGCAGAGUUCUUUGACCCCAAUAAAUGGGCUGAGCUAUUCCAAAAGUCGGGGGCCAAAUAUGUAGUGCUCACAAGCAAGCACCAUGAAGGAUUCACUAUGUUCCCUUCAAAAAAAUCAUACAGCUGGAACUCGAUGGAGGUAGGACCGCACCGAGACAUAGUCGGUGAACUAAGUACUGCAGUUAAAGAAAAAGGCUUGGUUUUUGGUGUAUACCACUCUCUAUAUGAAUGGUACAAUCCUAUCUAUUUAAAUGACAAAUGCAAAAACUUUACAACCCGUGACUAUGCAGAAACAAAAUUGUGGCCAGAUUUAAAACAGCUGGUGAACGACUAUGAGCCUUCAGUUAUAUGGUCAGAUGGAGAUUGGGAAGCGUAUGAUACAUACUGGAAGAGUACUGAUUUUAUUGCUUGGUUGUACAAUGAGAGUCCUGUAAAAGACCAUGUGGUAGUGAAUGACCGGUGGGGGAUCGGGACCUAUUGUCAUCAUGGUGACUUCUACAACUGUCAGGACAGAUUUAAUCCUGGUAAACUACAAGACCACAAGUGGGAGAAUGCCUUUACAUUAGAUAGACUGUCAUGGGGGUACAGACGGAAUGUGGACUUGCAAGAGGUGAUGACCAUGGAGCAUGUGCUCCGGGAAAUCAUUACUACUGUCUCCUGUGGAGGAAAUGCACUCAUUAACGUUGGGCCCACAAAGGAAGGAACAAUAGCCCCAAUAUUCCAAGAGCGGCUACUUUCUCUCGGGAAAUGGCUAGAUAUAAAUGGUCAAGCAGUAUACGAAACCUCACCCUGGGAACAUCAAUUUGACUCAAACAACAAUAACACCUGGUACACUUGCAAAAAGACCAAAUAUAAUGGGUUGAAGCCAACAUCUAAACCUUUGGAGACCGAUGUAGUAACUGAUAUCUAUGCUAUAGUAUUGCAAUGGCCGGUACACAACAUUUUGUAUUUGAAUGCGUUAACGCCGUACGUACGCGAUAAUUAUGAUAUAAAAAUGUUGGGGAAUGAAGAUUUAGCGUUAAAUUGGAAAAUUUCAAAUGGAAUGGCAGCAAUACUGUUACCAGACAAGGCUAGAGUUCGAUCAGAAUAUGCUUGGGCAUUCAGAGUUGUGAAAAAAACAUAAAAAUAACUGGAAAUCAUUAUUAAACUAUUUACUACUACUAGCUUUUACACAAUAUUCGGUUUAUGACAUUAUAAUUAAAGACAAAUUAACAUUUAAACAAUUUUAUUUAUAGUUUGUUUACAAUUAUGACUGCUUCAAAUUAACUGCCCUAUAUACAAAGACCAAAUAAAAGAUGACUUCGCCCAAAAGUCAUGUUCUUCAAAUA